AUGGUUGUUGCGGUCAGGCAUACUUGGGACGUCUUGAAGGCGCGUAACGAUUGGAAGAUCAACGUGAGGCAAAAUAGGCUGAAACGCGCAGAAAGUAAUGGAACGGACGCAAAAGUCUGGCACGCCGCUAUUGAGGACGAGGAUAAUCGGAUGGAGUUGAGCCUUACAUCAAGUCAAGUAAGGUCGUCGAUCCCUGUCGUGCAAGGAGGCAUUAAACUGUAA